AUGGCCGGCGGCCGACCCCCUUCACCUCCCGCCGGCUCUCCGGCGUCCUCUUCGAACGAAAAUGAAACUGGGGCUCGGGAGCAUGUCGAGGAGGUGAGCAGCAUUGAGCUUGGGGGUGCAAGCAAGGAUCUGUCUAAGUUUGAGACCCUCACGCUGAACGACACACCUCACACACUUGAAUCAGCUGACGAGCAGGGGAUAAUUGGAGAAUUUUAUCCACUUGACCAUGAAGGUGAUAUAGAUUUUGAGAUUAGACAAGAUGAAGAACGAGCUCAAUUUUUCCAAGCACAAGGAUAUUGGCCACUCGACUUUGAAACUAUUAGAGAAUAUGCAGACAUGCAAGUUGAAAAACAAACCCAAUCAGUCCAAGCACGAGGACAACAUACUUAUGCUUCUAAGAAAGAAGAAAUUGCUGCAAAUGCGAAACGAUGGAUGAGCGAGGAGGCGAUGGUGGCUUUCAAAAGAUACAUUGAGAGCAAAGAUGAUCUUAAGGGACUUGAUUAUGAAUUUGACGAGCUUGUCCAUCAAUGUUUUAAUAUGGAGGAUUAUUUAACGAUAUUCCAUCACUUCAACUUUACUGUCAAGAUAAAGAAGCCUGGCUCAGCUGAUUGGAUGUCGGCGAUGUACUUCGCCGAGGUCAAAUCGAUAUGUAUGAUAAAACUCUAUGCCUGUUAUCCUUUGGAGGAAGAUCAAUAUGGUGAAUGUUAUGCCUGUGAGAACCAAGGAAUGGGUGUAUUGAGGCACCCGUUAAAAGGGAUAUACGAUAUGGGCAGGGAAGAUGUAGAACCUCCCUUAUAUUAUGAGGACAGCGACUCUGAUGAAUUCGAUCCAGCAACAGUCCGGAGUUUAUCUUCUGAUGAUGAUAUGAGUUGA